UCUGUGGCCUUUAGUGACGUCAUUUCCGACGACGCUCCGUCGCUUCCGGCGUGACUCGUUGGUUCCGGCGAGCGGCGAGCGGGGGUGAAAGUGACUUUGAGAGCUGCCAUGGCAGAGGACAUCAAGGCCAAGCUGUGCCGCUACAAGACGGCGCCGUUCGACAGCCGCUUCCCCAACCAGAACCAGACCCGCAACUGCUGGCAGAACUACCUGGACUUCCAGCGGUGCCAGCGCGCCAUGGACGCCCGCGGGGCCGAUGCCGCCCCGUGCCAGUGGUACUUCCGCGUCUACAAGUCCCUGUGUCCCACCUCGUGGGUGACAGCGUGGGACGAGGCCCGUGCCGAGGGGAUCUUCCCCGGCAAGAUCUGAGUGUCCCCGGCGGGCGGUGGCACCGGUGGCACGGGGACACCAGUGAGGACGCGGUGACACCGGGGGGGAGGUGACACCGCCGUGACACCGCGGGGGGAGGGGGGGACACGGCUGUCACCCCCCCGGGCAGGGGACGCGCGGUGGCACCGCCAAUAAAGGGUUAAAAACUGG